AUGGCAGGAGGCGUGCCACAGAAGACCCUCAGCUGGCUAUACGAUGUUUUGAAGCGUGAAUAUCGUGAUCCCAACCGAGCGUAUUCCGAUCUUGCACAUGUUCUCGGUCGACAUCCUGGGUUCGGACCACGGACAGACGUAUACACGUUCGAAAAUGGUUCUUCCGCCCUCCUGGUGCACUUACAGGGCACAAUCCCGGUGAACUUUCGAGGGAGCACGUAUCGAUUUCCUGUCUCGUUAUGGGCACCUCAUACAUACCCUUACGAUGCACCCAUUGCAUAUGUGACACCCACGGAUGGGAUGGUGAUCCGCCCGGGACAAUAUGUAGGCGGAGAUGGGAGAAUAUACCAUCCUUAUCUGGCGCAGUGGAGAGAUGCAUGGGAUCGAUCUUCCAUACUCGAAUUCCUAUCAAUUCUAUCCGAUGUCUUUGCCAAAGAGCCACCGGUGAUGUCGAGAACACAACAAAACCAGCAACGACAACCCCAGCAGAUUCCCCCACCAGUCCCACCUUUACCCCGGGAGGUUCAAAGUCAGGGAGUCGCACCAGGCACAUCGUAUUCGAGUACACAAUCACCUCGAGCCUCACCAGGUCCACCACCUCCGCCACCUAAGGAUUUCACCCAAGCGGGCUCAUCCUCCGGGCCAGGGAGUUCAGGACCACCCGCACCGAGGCCAGGCAGAUACGAUGCUCCUCCGCCUUUACCGUCUGAGGGACAACCAUGGCCGCAGGCUCCAUAUGGAAAUGGCAAUGCCCCACGUCCGACCAGCGGCAUGAAUUAUAUGCCACAACGGACCAGCAGUCUACGACAAUCAACUCCGGCACAACAAUCACACCCAUCCCCUGGCUAUGACCAACCUCAGCCUCAACAGCCUCAACAGCCUCAAUAUCGCCCACAGCCCCCUCGACCAGGUGAUAUACAGCAGCAACAAUAUUCUCAACACCAGCCACCUCCACUUCAAAUCUCAGACCCCAGAAAUGGUCCACAAGCCCAAACCCAUAACCAGAAUUGGCAGAGACAACCACCACCUCCGACACAAGGAUACAACGAACGACCAACAACUCACCAUUACUCUCAGAGUACAUCUCAACCACACCCACCGCAACAGCAACAACAUGGACCACCAUACGGGCAACCACAACAACCUCAUUACCAUCAGGGUCCACCGCCCCCCUCCCAGCAACCUCAACCCCAACCCGCAAAACCAGCAGCGCCCCCAAAUCUCCUCGACUCACCGUUCGACCUCCCCCUCCCAACAUCCAACACCUCGACAUCAUCAACAACCAUCCCAUCAAACCCCAACAUCCCCGUCCCACCGAUCCCGGUGAACCCCGAAAAAGAAGCCCUCCUAACACACCUCUCCCACCAACUAACGCAAUCGCUGCACCAACAAAUCACGCAAUCAACGACCGCGCUCCCGGCGCUCUCAUCACAGAACCUCGCCCUGCAGUCGACGCUACAAACGCUGUCCCACGAACUGACCCAGCUGCAAACCCUGCACACGACACUGACGUCGAACCUGAACCUCCUGUCGACGUCGCUGUCCAAGUCCGACAAGGUCAUCACGUCCGCGCACGCCCGCUCCGCCGCGAACGACGUGCCGGCCGUCGACGAGAUGCUCGUGCCGCCCAACGUCGUGGCGCGCCAGCUGUACGACGCGGCCUGCGAGGAGCGCGGCAUCGAGGCCGCCAUCCUCGCGUUGCAGGAGGGUUUUGUGCGAGGCCGCAUCGGUGGCGAUGUCUGGUCGCGGCGGACGAGGGAGCUCGCACGUGAGGGCUUCAAGCGCCGUUGGGUCGAGAGGAAGGUCGCGAGGGGCAUGGCUCUGGAUAUGGGUAUGCUGGGGAAUGGUGUCUAG